UAGUUUUGGAGGAGAGAUCCGUUUCUAGGAGCAGGACUCCUAACCGAGAGAGACGAGCGGGAUCUCUCCAUCAGUUCAGUAUAUUUAUAUCACUUCCAUCCCCACCCAUCCCAUCCUAAUUGCGUCGCAUGUAAGAAAAAUUUGGUAUCUAUCUCAGAGAAAAGAAGAGGGGGGAGAAGAGAAGAAGAGGAGGCCAUGGGAUGCUCGUUCUCGGGGCUGAACGCCUUCUACGACGCCGUGGGCGCGGGCGGCGAUGUGUGGAUCAACGAGAACCGGUUCCGGGUUUUGAGGCAGCUCGGCGAGGGGGGCUUGUCCUACGUCUACCUCGUCAAAGAGGUCGUCUCCGACGGCGCGGGGCUCGCCAGGAAGAAGUCCAUCGACCCUUCGCACAUCUCAGAUCUGAAUUUUCUUCAGAUGAUGGAACAUAUGUUAUGAAGAAAGUUCCCAUCCAAAGCGAGGAGCAGUUAAAGUUGGUUAGGGAGGAGAUCCGUGUUUCAUCCCUAUUUAAUCACCCUAAUCUGCUUCCCCUUCUUGAUCAUGCGAUUAUUGCAGUUAAGGGUGCGCAACAAGGAUCACAGAAUCGUGAAGCUUAUUUACUGUUCCCUGUUCAUUUGGAUGGAACUUUACUCGAUGUUACUAAAGUUAUGCAAGCAAAGAUGGAUUUUUUUCCAACAAUCACUGUUCUUCAGAUAUUCCGACAGCUUUGUGCAGGACUGAAGCACAUGCACAGUUUUGAUCCUUCAUAUGCUCAUAAUGAUGUCAAACCUGGUAACAUUAUGAUAACACAUCGAAAGGGACAACCACCUCUUGCCAUUCUAAUGGAUUUUGGAAGCACUUGUCCUGCAAGAAAAGAAAUUCGUUCACCUGCAGAGGCAUUACAAGUACAGGAAUGGGCUGCUGAGCACUGUUCUGCACCCUUCCGAGCUCCUGAAUUGUGGGACUGUCCAAGCCAUGCUAACAUUGAUGAGAGGACAGAUAUAUGGUCUCUCGGAUGUACCUUGUACGCAAUAAUGUAUGGCUCAUCUCCUUUUGAGUAUGUACUUGGUGAAUCUGGAGGAAACUUACAGUUGGCUGGUAUGAAUGCACAGAUAGAAUGGCCUUCUGGUCCCGACCCCCCUUAUCCUGAGCCCCUCCAUCAAUUUGUGGUUUGGAUGCUUCAGCCUCAACCUGCAAUCCGGCCUAACAUUGAUGAUAUCAUCUUUCAUGUUGACAAGCUCAUAUCAAAGUACUCAUCUUGAGCUCAAUGGAAAAUGCUAGUUGGGGCCAUAUUUAUGUAAGUUAUAGUGCAUCUUCUUUUUGCUAUUCGACUUGUUAAUUUAUUGGAAGCCAUAUUGUUAUCCUCUCUUGUUAAGAAAAUACAAUUUUUUGUGGUUCUAAAAGAAAUCAUCAAUUUAGCAACAGUUCUAGUUCUUGGCGCAGUAUAUGCCGGUUGUAAUUAUACUCAUAUUAAACAAGCCACUGUUAAAAUAAUGCAGCACACAAUCUUGAGGAUGCUGCUGGUUUUGUAAUUAACAAUUUGGUGAGCUUAUGUAAAGUGAACUCAAAAGGCUGUAUACAACGACAGAACAUCUUGUAGUA